CCCCGCCCGGCGGCGACACGCAGCGCGCAUCCCGCAGCGCAGUUCCCGUCGCCAGGCCCCCCGCAACUCGCCCAACGCCGGCCCCACUUCCCUCAGCGCGGUGCAGCAGGAGUGGGACGCGGCGAAAAAAAACAAAAAAAUCAGAAAAAAAACGGCGGUGCACCCACCACCAUCAUCUGCCCCAAGCGAUGCCCGGCGGCAAAAUGCACGCAACCACAACCCCUGUCACGACACCGCCACCGCCGCAGGCGCAACCACCCGCCUCCCAGCCACGCCGCGGUGCCCGCGGAAGUGGGGCACCUCGGAGCAACCGAGAGGGAAGCACGAAACCGCCUCACUCACCACGCACGGCACCUUUGCACGAUAUCCCCACGCGGCACUGGCACACCUCGUUGCCCCAACGGGCCCUCCUCCCCUUCUCUCUUCCGCACUGGCCCUGUCACCCGCGUCCCCACAUUCCUGCCGCGUGUCGGAUGCCCCACUGCCUGCAUGUUGCACGCAAAGCGCACCCCCCACAAAAAAGCUCUACGGCAGAAACAGCUCCCCAACCAUUAAAACACGCCUCUGCCACUUACCCACUGCGCUGCUGCUUCGCUGUGCCGGCGGUAAUGUGAUGCGCAUCCGCCGCUGCAAACCGCAGCCCAAACAAAUUCCUUCCCGACUGUUCAAAGAAAAUCGUUUAAAUAAAAAGGCGCCCAACGGCGUAAAGCUCUUGACCGCCGCUCCCGCGCAACUCCCCGCACGUUGCGUCCAUCCGCCCUCUCAGCCUGAAGGCUCCUGCGGCGCCCACAUCUCUAAGCCUUUGCCCGGGACGCGACGCCGGGCCCGCCCGCAACACGCAGCGCCUUGCACGCCGUCCCGUUGGCGGCCGCAGCCCCGCGAGCCCCUCCGUCCCUUUUUUAUGCCGCUCCCGCAGAAGGCCCUCCUCCCCCAGCGUGUGUGUGUGGGUCCGGAACACACGAUCUCAGGAUAUUUCGGCAAAACUAGAGGCACGCGGCGACAGCAACAGGGCGUCCGCGAGGCUCACGACCUCCGCCAAACGGCCCAGUAG